GGGGUGAGGACCAGCCGAGCGGUGUUGCCAUCUCGCGCACUCUAAUCCAAGCGCCAAUCCUCACCAACUUGACGACUAAUGCGGCCACAGCAGGGCCCGGGAUUCCAACUUAUUUGCAGGCAUCGCCACUCGCAUGGUGGAAGGCUUUGCAUUGAGCUCUGGGUUGCGGAAUUUGGUGCUUCGGUGAGAGAGAGAGAGAGUUGUUGCUUCUUCUUCUCGGGGGGAUAAGGCACGCAGGGAUGAUGAUAACAUGGGAGUGAGAAGAUGGCACUGGCAGGCCUUAACGAACAAGGGAAUUUUACGUUAUUACGGCAGAGGUGAUGGAUUUCUGGUUUAAGUUCCAGUCACAACGAAAUCGCUUAUUAUUAAGCUGUUACCUAUAGGUGUAUGGAGGACUCGCUCUCUAACAUGCGAAUGAGUGUAGACGAUAAGUGCCUGAAGAAGAUUAUUUACUGAGAUUGCGAAGAAAUAUGGUCAUGGCCCGCUCGGAUGAUAAUGAUGUGUGGAGUCAGAGCUACGAUGGUGUGUACAAUCUUUAUGCACAAGCCAAGAAGGGAGCAAAUUUUGCGUUGCAAACGCGGAGUCGUCGGUUAAUAUCCAUGGUAGUAUUGAUAUUACUCCCAUUUUUAGCUCCUCUGGUCAUAGUAUUCAUGUUGAUUGGUGGAGUUUUCUUAGCUCCUCUACUCUGUGGGGUCACUGCUUAUUAUGCCCUCUUCCACUUUGUCUCUCUGUCGAGUAUCAUAAAAUGGUGCGACUCCUCCAAGUAUAUUGACAAUCAAGUUGAAGAGGUGCUUUCUACUACAACGCGAGAGGAAAUUGGACAGGAAUCGCCUGAGGAAUCGAAUGAUUUUGAGGGAGUACAGAAAAAAGAUGAGGAACAGGCGGUCCAAGAAAAUGACACUGCUGAGCGCUCUAUAGAUGACUCCACCGUAGAAGCAGAAGGCGAAGUAGCAGAAUAUAAUGUCUUCCAUUUUGAUGACCGUGUAAAAGGACAAAGAGAGGGCUCAGAGGAGGCCGAUGCAAUCAAAGAAGCGACAGACGAACCUGUUCAAGUUCCAAGUGAGAAUAAGCAUUCUGUUGAAGAAGAAGAAGAUAAACCUGAGGAGCUCAAUAGAGUAGAAGAAGAAUCAGCUGGAGCAUCGUCUGCUUCGGAGAAAUCGACAGUUUGUGAAGAACCAGAAAUUUUUACUUACAAGAUGGCAGUUGAGGAGACUCAAGUUGGUCAUCCUGAAGGCCGAUCCUCUGCACCAAUCAACGAAGAGAAGGGCGUUGAUGAAAAAGAAGCUCCUUACAAGAAAGCAGUUGUUGAAGGAAAGGAAGCCCCAGGAGUGGAAGACGCUGUUGCAGAGAAGCCUGUGGGGUCACUAGAGCCCUAUUCCAUUGAAGGAGAGGUUGAUGCACCUGUAACAGAACUCUCGGUCGAGGAGCCUGCUGCUCAGGAGGUUGAGGCAUCCAUUGCUGAGCCCGAGGAAGUUGAGCAAACGAAAACUGAGGCUUAUUCCGUGGUUGUUUCUGAGGGACCGUUAGAGGAGCAGGAGGCCGAAGCCCAAUCAGAGCCCAAUCAAUCGGAAGAGAAGUUGAAGGCUAAGCGUCAGGGAAGCAAAGCUCGAAAGAGGAGGCAGGAUAAAAUGAAGAAGUAAACUUCAGAAUACUACAGUCUCUCAAGUGUAAGACACAUGGAGAGGUGCUAUCCCAAAUGGUAUCAUGUUUCGUGGCGCGAUUAUCGGGUCAUUGACCCUCUGCGCCUGAAUGUUUGGGAAUGUAGAUGGGUGGCAGAUUUGGAAGUGCGAACAACGAUUAGAAGUUGAAGUUGUUGGCAUGAUGGCAUGAAUUCAAAGUGACCUGCUCACUUAUAUCAAGUUCCUUUACACAGUUAAUAUUCACUCUACCAUGGAAGAGUUUGAUAGACUCUUUGCAGGAGAGACGCGAAGACGCAUUCAUCACCACGCUGUUUGUGUUUGCAACAUUAUCCACCGAGAUUGGUCACAGGUUUAUGAGGAAAUCAAUGUCUUCUAAGAAAUUGAACAUCAAUUUGAGUGAUACUCUUGGUGGAACAAACUGGAGACUCCCUGUUAUAUGGACGUGUGGUUUCUUACAUGGGCGAGGCUUUUAUUUCGAGCAGAGCAGAGCAGGGCACUAACUAGCUCUUUUGAAAAGUGGUUGGCAUUGUGCAGACAGAGUAGGAAUAAGAUAGCACAAAAAACUAGUUUAUCUUAUGUUACUUAAGCGGCACUAGGUUUUGCGAACACAAAAAAAAUGAUCAUCCUUUAUUGUGAUCAUUGUGUCAUGUACCAACUUAAAAGUUACUUACCAAUAGUGAAGUCUAUCUGCUGUGAACAUGUCU